UAACAUUGGUGCAAACUUUAGAAACAUUAUAUUACUUCUUUUUCUUUUAUUAAUGUCUUAUUUGCGCGUUUCGCACAAUUCUGCCAAUGUCAAGUGAUUAAAUUAGUAAAAUUAUUUUCUAUAUGUAAAAUGAAAAUUAAAUGAGUGAAACAAUAUUGUAUUUAUUUAACGAUCAAUUUUGACACUGACUUAAACAUAAAAUUUGUCUCUAUGUACACUGACAUUUAAAGAGAAUCGCAUAGAUCUCAUAGAUUUAAAACAAAGAGUAAAAGUAUAUAAUUUAAAAAUUCCUCAAAAUAAUAACAAAACAAAUUCAUGAAAAAGAGAUAUGAUUUUUAGAUAUCUAAACUUCUUAAAGCUUCUUAGAUGUGACUGUUUUACUUAUAAGUCAUAAUUUGUUCCUAGGUUUUACUUGAUUUAAUUUGUAUAAUUUUUGGUCGAUGCGUAUUGUUUAAUGUAUAAAAUGAUUUUACCUAAUAAAUGGGCAGCGAUUACAAACAGAAUAUUACCAGUUAAUCAAAAUUUGAUUACUAAUUAAAAAGUAGUCGUAAAGAAUCCAAACGAUACCGUAAAAUUAUUUCUUAGCACAAUUUUAUAAUCAUUUGCCUAAGAAAUUAUGAUCCAACACUGAAUGAUGACUGAAUAUAAAAUUACAAUAUGAAGUUAGCAGUUGGCACUAUGAUAAUAUGUAAGUCUUAUUAUAUUUGAUCAAUUUGCAUUCACAAUGCUAUACUGAAAUAAAAUUGUUAAUAAAAAUAAAAAUUCUUGAAUUCCACUUUGUCCCUGGCACUCUGAGAUAGGAUUCGAACUCAUGACCUUUCGCUAGGGACAAAGCAGAUUAUUUAAGCAUUUUUCAUUAAGAAUAUAAGUGUUAGUUAGGGAUUUAUAAAAAAUACGCUUUUUCUUGAUAGUAAUUUUAAGGGGAAUGAUAAUAUAGUUUUAAAUGAACAAAUGAUUAAAAACCUUUAUAAAAUAAUGAUUGGAAAUUUUAACACAUAUAAUUUUUAUUAUAAUAUAAUUUAAUCAGUAGGUACUUACUAUAAAAUACCUAACAUCUUGAAGUGCUCUUAAAAUUUAUAUUCAAAAUAUCCAAAUUAUCUACGCCAAUUAUCUAACUGUAAACCUUGUAUAAUUAUAUAAUUCAUGUUAAAGGUACAUUAUGUGUUAUGAAACCAAGUAUAAGCUUGAAUUUUAUCGAUAUCCCCAACACAAACAUGCGAUCUUAUCACAGUAAUGAAGAAAACGAGAAGAAUAACGGAGAUGACGGAAAUAAUAACGAAGAAGAUGAAACAAAUAACGAAGAAGACGAUUAUGUUGAAGAACGAAACUAUCCACCAGUCAAGAGUACAACAGACAAUGGUAUGAUACGCAGGAAUUUUCUAUUCAGAAAUAAUAAUCCAAUUAUACGUAGAGAAGGUUACAGUCAGCGUGAGAAGGACGCAGAUAUAAAAAUGAAAAUCUCUACUCUAGUGGAGCAAACCGUUCAUGAUACAGACAGAAGAAUUAAAUCUAUAAAUCAUAUUAAAAAAAGAUAUAGAGAAAAUGCACCAUACAAAGCAGGUUUUAUAUUUAGCAUGAUUAAGAAGGCUAGAGACGUUUUGAAUGAGUUAUUUAAUGUAGCGGUACAUCACAAAGAUGAAUGGAAGACUUUAGAACAACUGAAGAUAUUCGAAUUGAUAGUCCACACUAACGUGGAUACUACAAACUUGGUGAGGCAAUUAGUGGAAAUACAUAUACAGUUCUUGAACACGACAAGUAGUACGGGUGGUGGAGAUGCGUCUGGCAGAAAACGGGUUGUUUUAUUAAAAUAAUUUGAUAAUAUCAAUAAUUGUUUGCUUUUAUUUAUGUUUAGAAAUCAUUUCGACUUACAGGAAAAACCGAAUAUGCAAU